AUGGCCGGCUUUACAUUACUCAAGGGGAUCUCCGGAAAUGCGGCGUUGCCCUGCUGGUGGCAGAGGUCAGAUUCUGCAGCUGAUAAAUGGAAUUCCGAUGGGUGGAGUGGGAAUGUAGAUGAGGGAUAUGAGGGAAUGAGAUGUCACGGAGCGAUGGGACAAGGGAUUCUUAUGAUGAACCGUGGCAGUAAGUUAGACAUGGCCAAAAAACGAAAACUUUCUUUGUCAACGUAUUUGAGGCGCAACAAAGAUUUUUGGUCUUCUUACGAAGGUGCAUGUAAAAUUUCGCUGACAGGGGAAGUACUCCAAGUGCGACGCUCAGAUUUUCUUUAAAUUUUGCACACACGUCGGGUAUGGACUAAAUAUCAAUUCCUGAAAGUUUUAGCUCGCGCUUUGCGGGCGCCGCCGAGAUAUCGAACGAUUUUUGCCGCCGAGAGAGCACGCUAAACGUGGAGAGCGGUCAGAGAGAAGAGCGCUUUUUGGCCAUAACUUUGGCAGUUUCGUGCGGAAAAAUUCAAUUUUUUGUAGAAACAUUAUCCUUUACGGUAGAAACAGGCAUGAAACUUUUCGUGCCGAAAUUCGGCAAAAAGUCCUAAAUUUUCGCCGACUUUCGAUCUAAAAAUCUCGGUUGUUUCUGCAAAGCGCGAGCUAGGAUUCUCGCAUAUAUCUUACAAAAAAUUAUUCUAAAUUUGUGCCAAGUUUCAUCAAAAUCUGAGCGUCGCACUUGGUGUACUUCCCCUGCGAAUAGAAUCGUCUUUUUGCUUAUCGGAUUGGAAUUUUAAUCAAUAGAAAAAAGUUUUUGGUCCUGCCGACUCUCCCUGUUUUACGUACUCUCUUGAAAAAAAGAUAAUUUAAUAUCUCAGAAGCCCCUGCAAAAUGAAGGCUAAAACCUACGGGAAUAUGCAUGCCAGAUCUUCAAAGAAUUUGAAAAAAAUCUCCCUGGUAAACAGUGAACUCAUAAAACUUUACAGCAUCAAAAUUUGAGUAUUUUUACGCUAAAAUUUUGGUAUUUUCCGGGGUAAAAAUCCCGUUUCACAUUAAUAAAAUGCUUGUUCGAUGUGCUGAAAAAACCGUGUUGCAUUAUUCUGCGCCUUCCGCAAGUUUGUCCCAGUUUUUCAAUGCUCUUUAAAAACAAUUUUUUCUUUCGUUCGUAUCCUAAUCUCCCUCAAAAAUCAGAGAUCCCUCCAAAAACCAUAUAAGUACAUUAAAAAUAGCGCAUCAAAAUCAUGUCCAAGAUAUCAGCCGGAGAUUUGAAUAUCGCACGCCAAAAUUACAACGAACGGAUCGCGGGGAUGAAAGCCGGCGCUGAGUGACAAGAUUCCGACAUUGUUCUGACAACUCUGUUCGGCCGCUCUCUUCCCUGCGCCUAUAAUAAACAAAAAUUAUGAAGAACGGAAGGGAACGUGUUGUAGAGGAUGUAAAACGAAGGGAGUUUAAAAAAGGAGGGCGUUUUUCUAAACGCGGAUCAAAUUGCCGGCCUUUUAGUAUAUAAAAUUGAAUAAAAAAGUGAAGCGCGAACAAGCGAGGUGUCUCAGGUACGAAAAUUACAUUUUUUUCGUUUUUUGGCCGCGCCUCCGGCAAUCUCUUGCGGAAAAAUUUGAUCAACUUUACAAUCUUCUACUGAACUCUCGAAAAGCUUUUUCCCUCCAUAUAGAACAUGGUCGUAUCUUGUAGAUAGUAGUAAAUAAAUAAAUAUUUUGUGGCCGACGAAAGGGGGAGGAGAGCCCAGACGGGAUGGCCAAGUUCUCCUCGAAUUGAGUGGAAAUUGAGUGGCCGAGAAGUCCCAUCGGAGUCAAUGGACGCGCUCAAUGAAUCGGCCCAUAAAACGGUUUAAUCGAGUUUUUGUUCGGCCGAAAAACUUGGCUUAGACGGAUACUGAAGCAUUGCUUUUGCACGGUAAUUGCGAAUGGGUAACGAAAAUUAUACCGUGGCGGUCAAAACAAGGGCCAUCCUAUCUUUUUGUGGCAGGCUCUCUCGGAGAAGAGAGAGGUGUAGGCAGGUGAACGUGGUAUCAGCGUGAGGCAUGUGUGGUAAGAUGUACGACCAUAAAGUUUCGGUACUGUAUGCUGGCUUAGAAAGUAUUUUCUGGGACAAUAUGUACUUUCGGAUUGGUCAAAAAAUAGCCACCCACAAAUGUUCUGCAUUAAACGAGGUUCAUGUGGGAAAUUCCUGCCGUAGAGAACGGCUAGUUUAAUUGUGUCAACGUAUCAAAAAUUACAAGGUUUACUUUAUACAUAAGCCCUCAGGCAUCGGUCAAAUUUGAUGAUGUUUUUCAUGGUUAAAGCCCAGACAAAAAGGUUUUUUUUGAGGUUGUGCCGUUAUUCAAAUACUUCUGGGCAAUGCUGUGGAUGUUAUUGAUGCCGCAACUUUACAGUACUUCGUAAGCUCCAAGUUGAUACAUACCAUAUUCAUCUACCUACAAGCGAUCUCUUCUGCGGAAGACGUGCCAUCGGGAUCGCCGUAUUUUUUUUUUCUGAUCUCCACUGUAUAUGUGAUUACAUUUUAUUCAAAUAAUGUGAACUGCUUUUGAGGUUUUGGACAAAAAAUCACGUUUUGAGAAAAAAGUUUGCUUAUGACCUUAUGACCCCAUAAUAUUUAUAAAAAAAGGCAAAAUUUACUGUCCGAGUACACUACAUAUGACAUUCCUAACGCAAUUUCCAUAGUAAUUUCCUUUAUUUGUCGACCAAUUGUUUGUAAUAUGUCAUCAGAUCAAUAAAAUAUAAUAUUUUUUGCACAUUUUCGCGGAGACCAUCAUCUUGGAUGAGAUUAGUGAUUGUAGCGAGUAAAAGUCGGCGCCGAUCACUACCUUUUGCCACCACCGCAACAGCAACAGCACGGACAACAACAACAGCAACAGGGGCAGCAACAACAACAGCAGCAACAUCUCCGACGACGCGCUUCCACUUCGGUGAUCGCGACCAAACUGAUGAUGAGAAGAACGAGCCUGAAAUAAAGUUAGGGGUAGAUGGGGGGAGAUGGGAAUGCUACGAGUGGGACCUCUGUAUAACGAACUGAGCUGGUAUAAAGCAGUUUUUGGUUGACGAAAUUUCGAUACAAAAAAUUGACCAGUAAUUUUAAACAGUACAUUCUUCAUUGUUCGUGGUACAGAGAAUCCAUUGUAACAGGAGAACCUUUGAUUAUUAAGGAAGAAGAUGAGAAGGGAUGAUAGCUUGAGGGGUAAGUAAAAUAUUUACAUAUAAGAUUACAUCGCUCUGGUAAAAAAGGCCGCCAUAUCUUGCACUAUAAAUCAUAGAAGAGUUAAAAAUAUAAUAUCAUAGCUUUCUUCUCAAACAUAAUUUUUCUUGCGCUAGGAGACAUGCAAAACUGUGGCAUCUACUACCGAUGACAAAACCUUCUUUUUCUUAUCUCCUACGAUUAUAGCGCAUAGAUAUGCAUAACCUCCCAACCACCAGAAAAAUCCCUAAUUCCCUCCCAACUUACAGAAACCGCAGUGACAAGAACUUCAUGUUGAAUGCCGGAGUCCGAGAAUGUGUCCUCAAUGUCCUCGCGAUCUCUGAUUUUAUACCCCAUCUUCCUCCCCGCACACGUUUGUUUGCCCGCACCUCUAACCGUAUUGGGACAAACAACAGCACAAUAACACAAGGUUACUGACCGGUAUCCUGAAUGCGGUCGCGCAAACAAGAGUUGCAACAACAAUUGUGCGGCUAUUUUGAUACACAUCGCGAAUCAGAUGUGAGAACACUACAAUUUUUUGAGCAUUACGUCGGGUUCAAUGGGAUGGGUUUUCGCAAUAGAUAGUCUGUAUUGUGUCGAAUGUUUGCAAAGCGGAGUUCUGCAUCAUGGAAAAGUAGAGUGUUUUUAAUCACAAUCGACAAUAUUUCUUUGAUACGUGGAGGCGCCAGAAGUUGAGGCCCAAAUUAUUAUGUAUAGCAAACAGUGAAAAAAAUGCCAGGAAUGGCAACAUUUCUGCGAAAAAACUGUUUACAGUGGCGGUCAAUAAAACCGGCCGUCCAACGGCGGGUCACUGUCUCCCGCAGAAAAGAGAGGAUGUAGGUACUAGUCGCGCCAUAAAGUCCUGACACAUUUGCACAGUGCAUUUUGUUUUUCUUUCGGACCCGUCGCGGCAAUUCCCCGUUUUUCCACUAGCGACAUGCAUCUUCGCGCGAGCUUUCCACUUUUCUCGCGCGACACCCGCGACAAAAUGUGUCAGGACUUUAUGUCGCGACUAGUAGAUGAACAUGGUAUCUAUCAAUCUUGUAAGACGUGCGACUGUAGACCUGUGGUACUGUAGCGCUGGCUGAGCAUGUACAGAAACAACACGUGCUUUUUGUCUAGUAAGAAAAUGGCCAUGAACAAUUCUUCCGGCAAAGUUAGAGCAGAUAUUUUUUUUCUCUCUGCAUUUCGGAUACUCCUUUGGUGAUAAAAAUUGCUCCAAAGUUUAGAUUUUUCUACAGUGGGGACCUGACCCAGCGGCAAAAAACGUACCAUUUUGCAUCCGGGAAGCAUUUAAAAUGCGGCAAAAUGCUUCCCUCUCCAGGUGAAAAAACUUCGUUUUGAAGGGCUCGCUUGCUUCCACACAAAAAGCGGGCGCGAUUUUGAAAUCUGAGUUUUUUCACUUGGAGAGGGAGGUAUUUUGCCAUAUUUUUGAUGCUUCUUGGAUGCAAAAUGACACGUUUUUUGUCACUGGAUCAGGUCCCCCACUGUAACAUCGCGCUUCACACGCAUUUCUUGCAAUUUAAAAAGUGAAAGGUAUAUAUAAUACGUCUUCUGUCUUUACGACUAAACUUCUAAACUUUACAAAUGGUUUACACGAUUUUUACUUUAACUUUGGUCUUAUUUUGUUUGCAUGUUAAUGCACAUCAAGAGAUGUUCUCGUUGAUUUCUCUUCCACAGCAACAACUGCCUGAAGAAGGGGUAAAAUACACAAUAAUAAUAACGUUCACAGAUGUUUCCAAGUGAGUGAAAUGUACAUAAUAUUUGAUUAAGGUUUUAUUCAACAAUAUUUUGCUUGACUUUUUUGGUUGAGGCAUGAUUUUUUUAGUUCUUAUACAACAAAUUCAUUCGUCGAUCACACAUGUCCUUAACACUUGCCAUUUUUCUUUUACUUGGACAACUAGCAACAUUUUUUAUAAGAAUAGUUUAUUGAUUUCCAACGGCAUCACAACAAAUUGGUCUUGAAUUAAAAUCAUUACAAAUGCAAUAGAAUAAUCAUCUUUGUUAAUUUACAAUUUGGAAAAGAAUGCGUUAAACAGUCCCUUGGGAUGUUGUGUUGUCUCCGCGGCCUUAGGCGACUCAGUUGUGAGAUCUCGGCGAACAAAACUUUUAUGUGGAGCCAUACAGCCGCCAAAGCCGCCUUUUUUGAAUUGAUCUUGCAUCCUCAUCGCACCACAUGAACAUGAUCCAAAGGCCAUUUUGUUUCCUGUGCUAGCCGAUGGGUUCGGGCAUCCACCGCCGGAACAGCCGUUGGCCAGACAGCCGGGCCCGGUGCAGCCAGUUAUGGUCGAAUUUGAUUGGGCAUACAGAGAGGUAGCGAGAAUUGAAAGGACCAGAAGAGAGCUGAAAAAUUUUGGGAUGAUUUUGAAGCUUAUGUAG